GGUCAUGUGAUUAGCUGUGUCCAAUCACAGCUGAUCGCCUCACGAGCUGUCACGCUGACAGAGGAGAGGAGAGCUGGUAAUCGGCAUUCCUCAGAGGGGACAUGUACACAGAUCAUCAGGGCACUGAUGAUCAGUGUGCCCUGAUGAUCAGUGUAGCCCCAGCAGUGCCACCUGUCAGUGUCCAUCAAUGCCAGCUCUCAGUGCUAAUCAAUGCCACCUGCCAGUGUCCAUCAGUGCCACAUAUCAGUGCCUACCAGUGCACAUUAAUGCCACAUCAGUGCCCAUCUGAGCUGCCUUUCAGUGCCACCUAUCAGUGCCAGUCAGAGCCCUCUAUCAGUGCUCACAAUCAGUGCCACCAGUGUGCAUCAGUG